CCUCCAGACUGUUGAGAGGAAAAGAGGAAAACUGAGCAACAGCCACGACUGUGGACGCGAGCGUCUCUAGUGUGCGCAUGCGCCCGCUCAGCGGCCUGCUUCUAUUUAUGUGGGGGAUCCAACAUGGCGGCUGCGGCGACCCUGGCGAUGGUGGUGGAGCCCAUCAGAACGUAGUAGCGGGGACAGGGACCUGGUCCGCACUCACGGUGGCGUCCGCGGGGACAGCUGAGGGUGCUGGAGGGAAGAAAAGUGACGGAGAGCAGAAGGAAAGGCGGGCAGGCACGCCGUGCGGCGUCGAGACGAGAGCCGGCUCGAGCGAGCGCCGAGGGCCAGAACAGUGGGGAUGGCGGAGCCGCGCAGAGUCGCGUUCAUUAGCCUGUCACCGGUGAGGCGGCGCGAGGCCGACUUCGCGGGCGCGGAGCGCGAGCCCCCCCGACUGGAGCCGCAGCCGUACCGCGAGCCGGCCCGGGCGGAGCCGGCCCCGCGCUGACGCUCAGCCCCGGCGCGCGACAAGCCCCCCCAGCGCGAGGUCAGCCGCGCCGAGCCGCCAUGGCGGCUGCAGCGCGAGCCCCCGCGGCCCGAGCCGCCGCCGCCGCCGCUGCCCCUGCAGACUCCCCCGCCGCGGGAGUCGGCUUCCCGGGCGGAGCCGCCCCCGCGACCGCCGAAGGAGACUGUUCGCCUGGAGCUGGUGCUCAAGGACCCCACGGACGAAAGCUGCGUGGAGUUCAGCUACCCGGAGCUGCUGCUGUGCGGAGAACAACGGAAGAAACUUGUUCAUACAGAAGAUCCAUUUACUGAUGAGCAUAAGGAGAGACAAGAAGUGGAAAUGUUGGCUAAGAAGUUUGAAAUGAAAUACGGUGGGAAAGCCCGUAAACACCGGAAGGAUCGGCUACAGGAUUUAAUUGAUAUAGGCUUUGGCUAUGAUGAGACAGACCCGUUUAUUGAUAACUCAGAGGCUUAUGACGAAUUAGUCCCUGCUUCUCUAACAACAAAAUAUGGAGGCUUCUAUAUCAACACUGGCACUCUGCAGUUUCGCCAAGCUUCAGAUACUGAAGAAGAUGAUUUUACAGAUAACCAGAAGCACAAGCCACCCAAGGUUCCCAAAAUAAAAGAAGAUGAUAUUGAGGCAAAGAAGCGGAAGCGGAAAGAGGAAGGGGAAAAAGAAAAGAAGCCAAGGAAAAAAGUACCCAAACAACUGGGAGUUGUGGCUCUCAAUUCACACAAGUCUGAAAAAAAGAAAAAACGAUAUAAAGAUUCCCUUUCUUUGGCUGCCAUGAUACGAAAAUUCCAAAAAGAGAAGGAUGCCUUGAAGAAGGAGUCUACCCCUAAAGUCCCAGUAAUCCCAUCAACUUCCUCUCUGCCUAAGCCCCCUUGUGCUGCCACAACCCUGGGCGAUGAUAUCCCGGACUUAAGUCUGAACAGUGCUGAUCCUGACCUCCCUAUUUUUGUUAGCACAAAUGAGCAUGAACUAUUUCAGGAAGCUGAGAAUGCCCUAGAGAUGCUAGAUGAUUUUGACUUUGACAGAUUACUGGAUGCUACUUCUGAUGGAAGUCCCCUCUCUGAGUCAGGGGGAGAAAAUGGAAAUACUACCCAGCCCACCUUCGCCUCUCAGGUUGUGCCCAAGGUGGUUCCUACACUUCCAGAUGGUCUACCUGUGCUUCUGGAGAAACGCAUUGAGGACCUUCGUGUAGCUGCCAAACUUUUUGAUGAAGAAGGAAGGAAAAAAUUCUUUACACAAGAUAUGAAUAAUAUUCUUCUAGACAUCGAGUUACAGCUACAAGAACUAGGUCCUGUCAUUCGUAGUGGUGUCUACUCCCAUCUUGAAGCAUUUGUGCCAUGCAAUAAGGAAACACUGGUAAAACGUCUAAAGAAGUUACAUCUUAACGUCCAGGAUGAUCGUUUAAGAGAACCUCUGCAGAAACUGAAGCUGGCUGUUAGCAACGUCAUGCCUGAACAGCUGUUUAAAUACCAGGAGGACUGCCAGGCUCGCAGUCAAGCCAAAUGUGCCAAGUUGCAAGCAGAUGAAGAACGAGAAAAAAAUGGAUCCGAUGAUGAUGAUGAUGAGAAACCAGGGAAGCGAGUCAUAGGCCCACGAAAGAAGUUCCACUGGGAUGACACCAUCAGAACUUUGUUAUGUAACCUUGUUGAAAUCAAAUUGGGAUGCUAUGAACUAGAGCCAAAUAAAAGCCAGUCCGCUGAGGAUUAUCUUAAAUCCUUCAUGGAGACAGAAGUGAAGCCACUGUGGCCUAAGGGCUGGAUGCAGGCAAGAAUGCUUUUUAAGGAAAGCCGGAGUGUACAUAAUCAUCUUACUUCUGCUCCGGCGAAGAAAAAGGUGAUUCCUGCAUCAAAACCCAAAGUCAAGGAGGUGAUGGUAAAGACCCUUCCUGUUCGUUCUUUCCCUACUAUGCUGAAGGAAUGUAGCCCCAAAAAAGACCCCAAAGCGCCUGCAUCCGUGGUGGCUUCAGGUGGUGGUCCUUGCACGAGCUCCAGCACAUCGAUCGUUGCCUCAGCCAGCUCUAGCUCUACACCAGCCCAAGAAACCAUCUGCCUGGAUGACUCCCUAGAUGAAGACCUUUCUCUCCCCUCAGCCUCUCUGGAUCUUGUAUCUGAAGCUUUAGCUGUCAUCAACAAUGGGAACAAGGGCCCCUCAGUCAGUUCAAGGCUAAAUGUGCCAACCACAAAACCUCGUCCAGGCCUGAGAGAAGAAAAGCUAGCAAGUAUCAUGAGUAAGUUACCACUGGCUACUCCCAAAAAACUAGAUUCUCCUCAGACUGCUCACUCAUCAAGUCUCAUUGCUGGUCACACGGGGCCAGUACCAAAGAAACCCCAGGACUUAGCUCACACUGGUAUUUCUUCAGGCCUUAUUGCUGGUUCUUCAAUUCAGAACCCUAAAGUUUCCUUAGAACCUUUGCCAGCCAGGCUGCUCCAGCAAGGACUGCAAAGGUCAAGCCAGAUACAUGCUUCCUCUUCACAGACUCAUGUCUCCUCCUCCCAAGCCCAAGCUGCUGCCUCCUCUCAUGCUCUGGGAACAUCAGAGGCCCAAGAUGCUUCUUCGUUAACACAAGUAACAAAGGUGCACCAGCACUCAGCUGUCCAGCAGAACUAUGUGUCUCCUUUACAAGCCACCAUUAGUAAAUCACAGACCAACCCAGUGGUGAAAUUAAGUAAUAACCCCCAACUUUCCUGUUCGUCCCAGUUACUCAAGACUUCAGAGAAGCCACUGAUGUAUCGCCUCCCUUUGUCUACCCCAUCACCUGGAAAUGGUUCUCAGGGGUCUCACCCCCUGGUUUCUAGGACAGCACCGAGUACCACUACCUCCAGUAACUAUUUAGCCAAGGCUAUGGUGUCACAAAUCUCCACGCAGGGUUUCAAAUCUCCCUUCUCAAUGGCCGCAUCUCCCAAACUUGCCGCAUCUCCCAAACCUGCCACAUCUCCCAAACCUUUGACCUCACCUAAGCCUUCUGUUUCACCCAAGCCCUCUCUAUCAGCUAAGCCUUCAGUAUCUACUAAACUGAUUUCUAAAUCCAAUCCAACUCCCAAGCCUGCUGUAUGCCCGAGUUCUUCUAGUCCAAACACACUAGUAGCCCAGAGUAGCCACUCCACAAGUAACAACCCUGCCCAUAAACAGCCCAGUGGAAUGAACAUCAGCAGACAGUCUCCCACUCUGAAUUUGUUGCCCUCAAAUCGCACUUCUGGCCUUCCGACUACAAAAACUCUUCAGGCCCCUUCUAAACUAACAAACUCAUCGUCCGCUGGAACUGUUGGGAAGAGCAGCUUGAGUGGAAUCCCAGUGAAUGUACCUGCCAGCAGAGGUAGCAACCUUAACUCAAGUGGAGCUAAUAGGACUAGUCUAUCUGGGGGAACAGGAAGUGGAACACAGGGUGCUACUAAACCGUUGUCUACUCCACAUAGACCAACCUCUGCCUCAGGGUCUUCAGUGGUAACAGCCAGUGUGCAGUCUACAGCAGGAGCAUCAUUAUUGGCUAAUGCCUCACCUCUGACUCUCAUGACAUCACCUUUGUCUGUAACAAAUCAAACUGUGACUCCCUUUGGGAUGCUGGGUGGCCUUGUUCCAGUGACCAUGCCCUUCCAGUUUCCCUUGGAGCUUCUUGGCUUUGGAACGGACACAGCUGGCGUGACAGCCACCUCGGGAUCUACCUCAGCGGCUCUCCAUCAUGGCCUAACGCAGAAUUUACUAAAGAGUUUACAGCCAGGAACUCAGCACGCAGCAACCCUUUCCCACUCACCUCUGCCUACACACUUACAGCAAGCAUUUAAUGAUGGAGGCCAAAGUAAAGGGGACACUAAAUUGCCACGGAAACCUCAGUGACUUUGCAGCAAGCGAGAGAGGAACCACGUGGCUGGCUAGCUGGCAGGUGGCCGACCUGAUGGGAAGUCUUGGUGGUCACAGGGCUGCUGUUCCUGUCGAUGUUUACAUUCUUGUCCCAAGCACUGUGGAGAGAAGGAAAAGAAAGAGUAUGUUACUUGAGCAAAGCCAGUGCAGGAGGAAGAAAUGCUUCUGUGCAAAGUUAGUGACCUUUGGUCUUUUAAAAUCAAAGUUCCCAUGUUAACCUACUUAAAACAGACUCAGCUGUCAAACCCACAGAAGUAUAAAUUUGACUUUAUAGAAAAAGAAAAUGAAAAAAAAAGCUGGGGGAGAAGGAAGUGAGUUGAGCGGAUUUGGGUAAAUGGCCAUCCAUCCUGGGGGUCGGAUCUGAACACUCUACAUAUAAGUGCAUAGUAAAAGCAGCUAAAAGUAGAAUUAGCCCAGUUUGAGGAGAAUCAGUCAUGUCUGUUUAGUGGACAGAUUUGCCACAGUCGCAUGAUGCUCUCCAGACAGUAGCCGAAGAGUACUGUACCCUCAAAUGUCCUGAGCAAACUUGAAUCUUCUCCAGUAUGUAGCAGCUCCCUGUGCAAGUCUGCGGACUGAAGAUGCUUCAGCAGAGUUGCUGUGACACAGUGAUAAUAGUACUAUAGCUUCUAGAUUUUUAAAGUCAGGAAAGUGAGCCUGUGCUCUUAAGAAACAAAAUGUAGAUAAUCCCCUUUUUAUAAAAGGGUCAGUUUCAUCGUCCAUUCAGAAGUAAGUACUGAACUCUUCCCGCAGGUGACUUGUCGCCUGCUAUUGACUGGUUAGUAUUUAUUUCUAGUUCUGAUGCACAGAAGUGACUGCUUGCAUUUUCUCUUGACAUGGGUCUUUGUUGUUGGGCUGCUGCUUUGCUGCUGUCUCUCUUGCAGCCUGCCAAGAACUGCAAAUGCCCAGUUCCCUCCCUGCACAGUGCUCUUUCACUAAUGGUACUUUAGGUGACUAGAGCUGUUGAUAUAAACAGGAGUGUGCACAGCAUCUGUUUCUUCAUGGGUCAAACAAAUAACAUACAUACAUAUAUAUAUACAUAUAUAUGUAUGUUAUUACAUAUAUUACAUAUAUAUGUAUGUAUAUAUAUACAUAAAAUAGUAUACCGUUUUUCAUUCUGAAGUGGUAUUUUUAAAGGGAUGAAUUCCAGUAGGAAUACAGAUGUGCACAAGGGAUGACCUUUUAUAACUAUCACAAUGAAGCUUUAUGACCCAUAUCCAGUAUAGUAUGUUUUGAGCAUUUGGAAUCUUAAAAAGUUUUACUAGAAUUUACUCAGAAUGUUAAUAGUCAAGUCAGCGUACAGAUUAUAAGAUUCUUUAAUUCUAGUUUCCAUAUGCAAAUAGAGGCAAUGAAGGGUGUGAAGGGGAAAACACAGUUCUUUUGGGAUACAUUUUAUUUUGCCUCAGCCAGGUUUGUGGUGUCCAUUGAAUUUUAACUUCUGAGUAUUUUCAGAAUAUCCAAGAAUAAGCUCUGAGUGAUAUAACUUUAGUUUAUAUAUGGUGUCAGACUAGCCUGGUAAUAACAAGAUUGCUUUUAUAAUCUCAUUACAUACUACCCUGUAUCAUUAAGUUUAUUCAGAUAAGAGUUUUGACCAGCCCCCAUUUUCCUUUGAUAAGCAAAAGUCCCAAGAAGCUUCUAGGACUAUAAUAACCAACCUCAGACCUGCUCCAGUUUUUAUGCCUAUAAUUUGACUUCAAAGUCACAAUGGCAUGCUUAAUAGCAAAAAGUCAGUGAAGAGUUGAAAGCUUUAGUUCCAAGAACUCGUUACAGUAAGGGAAGAUGAUUAUUUAGAAGAACUAUUGAAGCUGGGUAUGGUGGCUCUUGCUUAUAGUCCUAGCAUUCAGGAACCUGAGGCAGGAAGAUCUCAGGUUUGAGGCCAGCCUGGAGUAUUUAGCAGCAAGUCUGUACUGGGCUAACAAAAAAACCCUGUCUAAA